UAUCUAAUUUUUCAGGUUCUUAGUUUAGACGCGCUGAAUGCAUGUCGUCUUCGGAUUGCAUGUCGUCUUCAGAAUUCAUAAACUUCAAGAAAAUUUUACCCAUAGUUAAAAUGGAUUCGAACCAAGAUGCUAUGGUGCUACUCAUCUACCUCGUCUCUAUGCUUCAUCUCACUACUGCAGAACUAGAAACAUGAUCUCCUAAACCUUGGUGAAAUUAUCCCAGAAACAGAUUAUUAUCUUCUCAAAACUAGAGAUAAUUCAAGAAGAAAACGCAGUAUCAGAGAUCUAUCAGAUAUAUUGAAGAAUGAGUCGGAUGUAGACUGGUCAGAGUUUCAGGCCCCAAAAGAGCGGGUGAAACGAGUUCCUCUUAGUAAUCAGAUUUUAGGAGAAGGUAUUAUUGGCCCAAGACUGGAAUGGGAUCCAUUGGAUCCAGCAAUCAAGGAUUCUAUGGAUUCAAGUACAUCAACUAGGGAUUCUAGGGAUCCUGAAAGGGAUGCUAGGGAUCCUGAUAGGGAUGCUAGGGAUCCUGAAAGGGAUGCUAGGGAUCCUAUCUAUGCAUCCAAUGAUCCAUUUUACAAGUUUGAAAGAAGACUGGUGGAGAAUUUGCUCCCACGAAGGUUGAUGAGUGAGGUGAAUGAUCCAGGAUGGGAGCAGAUGUGGUAUCUCAAUAGAAGGGAUAGUUUAACUAUGAACGUACAGGGUGCAUGGAACCUGGGUGUUACUGGUCUAGGCGUAGCUGUUACAAUUCUAGAUGAUGGUAUAGAGAAAGAUCAUCCUGAUCUAAUUCGUAAUUAUGAUCCUCUCUCCUCAACAGAUAUUAAUGAUGGAGAUAGUGAUCCUAAUCCAAGGUAUGAUUUCUCUGACUCUAACCGGCACGGUACUCGCUGUGCAGGUCAAGUGGCGGCUACACCCAACAAUUCACUCUGUGCUAUCGGUAUAGCCUUCAAUGCACAGAUAGGAGGAAUCCGUAUGCUUGAUGGCCAGGUUUCUGAUGCAGUAGAGGCAAGAUCCCUGUCCUUUAACCCUGAUCAUAUCCAUAUAUACUCGGCCUCUUGGGGUCCUAAUGAUGAUGGAAAAACAGUGGAUGGACCGGGAAAGCUGGCAACCCGGGCAUUCCAACAAGGCAUAUUCAGAGGUCGGGAUGGAUUAGGGUCAAUUUUUGUCUGGGCCAGCGGCAAUGGAGGCAGAUACAAGGAUAACUGUAAUUGUGAUGGAUAUGCUACUUCAAUAUUUACUAUAACAGUUAGUAGUACAUCAGAGGGUGGAUCUAUACCCUGGUAUUCUGAACCAUGUUCAGCUACUAUAGCUACUACCUAUAGUUCAGGGACAGCCACUGAAAAGCAGAUUGUUACAACGGAUCUACAUCAUAAAUGUACAACAAAACAUACAGGAACUAGCGCUAGUGCUCCUAUGGCAGCAGCUAUUAUUGCUUUAACUCUGGAAGCUAACCCAUCAUUAACCUGGAGGGAUGUUCAACAUAUAAUGGUUAGAACAGCGAGACCUGGUAAUCUUCAAGCCCCUGAUUGGAAACUGAACGGAGUCGGGAGAAAGGUUUCGCAUAACUACGGAUACGGACUAAUGGAUGCAGAGGCAAUGGUGCGUCUUUCACGUAGGUGGAUAACUACUCCUGCCCAGGGUAGUUGUGAGGUAGUAUCUCCAUACUAUUACAAGGUUAUUCAACCAAUGAGUUUCAUCACAAUAGAACUAGAUGUACUCUCCUGUCCUGGGGUCAGGUUCCUGGAACAUGUAGUGAGUCCUAUCCAUGUUACUGCUGGAAGGAAGAGAGGCGAUCUAAGAAUAUAUCUAAUGUCUCCGUCUAAAACCAGAUCUACUCUUCUGCACAACAGACCAUCAGAUUUCUCUAGCUCAGGUUUCACGAACUGGCCCUUUAUGACAACACAUUCCUGGGGAGAAUCCCCUUUAGGGAAAUGGACAUUAGAGAUACACAACGACGCUUAUUCUUCCUGGGUUUCUGAAUCAAAGUUCUUCAGGUGGUCUCUGAAACUGUAUGGUACACGAACAGAUCCUAACUCAGAUAAAAUAGAGGAUCAUGAGGAAUGGUAUGAUGAACGGGAGGAGGUAGAGGAGACGGACUGGAAAUUAAAUGUAGUUCGUGAGGCCCCCCUGGAAUCUACAACUACUCCUGUAAGCACAACAACUACUUCAACAAAAACUACUACAACUUCUUCAAAGACUACUAGUACAACUACUACUACAGGAAGCACAACCACUAAAUCAGGGUUUAGAACCCGUGGUUGUAUAUCAAACACACUAGAGUGCACAAAGAAUGUAUCAGAUUGUCGAAUGUUUGAACAUAGAAAGGUUGCUGGUAUAUUUUGCCACUGUAUCCCUGGAACCUGUAUAGGUGUAGCUUUCAGUAGAAACCAGUUCGGAGACUAUAAUCUACAAUGUAAUGUUGACAGUACACCUAGGCUUAGUAAUCCACCUCCUCCCUUCUACUGCCAGUUUAUUCCAUUCUUCCAGGGAAAGAAAAGAUGACAGGAGAUGGAGGAGGAGAAGAGAAAGAAGGAGGAGAAAGAGGAGGAAAACGCGAAAGAGACAAUGGAAUAGUUGGCUAUAGCUGCCACUGAACAGUAUAAAGAAUAAUUACAAUUGCAUCCUGCUUACCACAACUAACAUAAAAAUACGUAAACCUACGGUUUUGGAAAAUUAGGUUAACAAACGUAUUCUGGUUCCUAGGGUAGCUGUGACAAACUGUAGAACAGAUUCUAGUGACACAUGUGUAAACUAUUUAAAAUAUUUUGGGGCAUUUAAACAUUUUAUUAUUGGGUGAAACAAGCAAAUCUUCCCAGAAUCAGAGCCUGGAGAAUUUGCCACUGAAUAAUCCAGCCUCAUGAUACAACUGCAUUUAUCAAUGGAAUGUAUUGUAAAUUGUUUAAACAUCUUAGAUUUAUUAGACUUCGAUAUAUUUCAUAUUUAUCUUGUUAUAUAUUUGUCCAGAUAAGAUCCGAACCUUAACUUAUUUAAUGACUCAAGAUUUGUUGUGUUUUAGCAAGAAAAUACUCUUUCUUUUAUUCGGGAUAUUAUUGUUUUUUUUUUAAUUUUGACUCGUAUGAAAACUACCUUUAUAUAAAUUUAGAUUAUUAUCUCAAGAAGUUUUCAUCAAAUAAAUGGCUCUACGUUGUAUUGGAGUACAGGGGUUUACAUUCUUCUUCUUAAUACUGUUUCCUUUGGUUUAUUUUCCCCUCCGUGUGAGAUGUAAGAUUGAGAAUUUCUGAUUUAAAGGGACAGGUCGUUGUAAGACUAUGUGACUCUUAAUUUAAAAAAGGUGCAUUCCUGAUUCAAACCAGUACCUUUAAAACCUUGAUUUUUUUCUAUUUAUUUCUCUGGCCUUAAAAAAGCUUUAUUCUGUUAAUUUCUCAAUUGUUUUUGGAGCAAGAAAUGCGCAAGUACCGUUUUCGGAAAACCACAAACAUUUUACUAACACGUGUUUAAAUCAAGUUUUGAAGGGUACCGUUGUGAAUUAAAUUUGCUACUCUGUCACUUAUGUUUACAGGCCUUUUAUAUUCCAUUUUUCACUUAAUCUCCUGGAAAAUUCUCAAUAUAUAUUAAAUUAAAAAGUGUUGUAUAUCCAUGAAGUACAAAGUUCACUAUUGUGAUGUGUUAUUAAUUAAAUUAUAUUGAAACGCAGUAUAUUUAAUAAAUGUUUAUUGGUCCACA